CCCUCCCCCCACGGUAAGAGGUGGAGCAUUCGUUAAUAUGCAAAUUAGCGCUAAUUGGGGCCCAGGCUGACUAUAAAGAGACUUAACAGAGGAGCCGAGAGCCGUCGUUAGGGACACGGGGCUAAUUAGGAAUGUUAAUUAGGCAUUGCCAUUAAUAAUCGGUUUUCUCAGUGCUAAUUAGCAUAAUUAAUUCAUUAACGGAGGCCAGGCAGCAGCCGCGGUGGUGUCAUCAGCGCUAAUUAGAGCCCCUGCACACCUUGGCGGCGUUUAACGCUAAUAACGCUCUUAAUUAACGGGCAGAGCGAUUAGUCACCGUUCAUUAGGGCUGAUUGGUGAGGUGGGGGAUAAUUAGCAGUUUCGGGGAGGCUGGAGGCCUCGUUAAUGGCUGGGGCUAACGAGGGCCGGUUAACGACCGUCAUUAACGAGGGCUGGGGCCAAUCAACAGCGUUCGUUAGGGAGCCGCUAACGAAGCGCGUUAAUGGAGGGGCUGGGGGUGCUGGGCUUGGCCGUUUGGUCCUGCUUAUGCUAAUUAGAUGCUAAUUGGGGGCUCGGGGAAGGUUCCAGAACAAACCGGGGGGGUCCAGGUGGUUCUGGAACCUUCUGGGGUGGUUCUGGACAGGUUUGGGCGGUCCCAGGUGGAUUUGGGGCAGUUCCAGGUGGAUUUGGGGCAGUCCCAGGUGGAUUUUGGGUGGUCCCAGGUGGAUUUUGGGAGGUCCCAGGUGAAUUUGGGGCAGUUCCAGGUGGAUUUGGGGUGGUCCCAGGUGGAUUUGGGGCAGUUCCAGGUGGAUUUGGGGUGGUCCCAGGUGGAUUUGGGGCAGUUCCAGGUGGAUUUGGGGCAGUUCCAGGUGGAUUUGGGGCAGUUCCAGGUGGAUUUGGGGUGGUCCCAGGUGGAUUUGGGGUGGUUCCAGGUGGAUUUGGGUGGUCCCAGGUGGAUUUGGGGCAGUCCCAGGUGGUUUGGGGUGGUCCCAGGUGGAUUUGGGGUGGUCCCAGGUGGAUUUGGGGUGGUCCCAGGUGGUUUGGGGGUGUUUUCUGGAGGUUCCAGAUGGUUUUGGACCAUCCCAGAUGGCUUCUGGUUGUUACUGGCAGAACCUGGGUGGUCCCAGGCAAAUUUUGGGUGGUCCCAGACGGUUUGGGGGUGUUCUUUGGUGGGUCCAGGUGUUUUUUGGGUGUUCCCAGGUGUUUUUUGGGUGUUCCCAGGCAGUUUUGGGUUGUCUCCAGGUGUUUUUUGGUUGUUCCCAGGGGGUUUUCGGGUGUUCCCAGGUGUUUUUUGGGUGGUCACAGGUGGUUUUCGGGUGUUCCCAGGUGUUUUUUGGGUGUUCCCAGGUGUUUUUUGGGUGUUCCCAGGCAGUUUUGGGUUGUCUCCAGGUGUUUUUUGGGUGUUCCCAGGUGUUUUUUGGGUGUUCCCAGGCAGUUUUGGGUUGUCUCCAGGUGUUUUUUGGGUGUUCCCAGGGGGUUUUCGGGUGUUCUCGCUCACCCCCAGCGCGUUCCGGGCGGUCCCGAGACCUCGCGGCCGCCCCCAGCUCCUCCCCCGCCCCCUCCGGCCUUGUCCGGCGCGCUGAC